GAGGAUGUUGCGCGCGAAGGGGAAAUGGCUGCCGAAAACAAGCCGGAAGGACUGAAGAAAAUUCGUAAUCCGGAUCGAAUGUACAGAUCAGCUGUGUGUUAUGCCGGCCAUGCUCCUCCUAAGAGUAUCAGUGAUGACACAGAGAUGAACAAUGAACAUGGACAUUUGAAAAUAUACCUGCCCAAAAAGCUGCUUGAAUGUCUACCAAAAUGUUCGUCGCUGCCAAAGGAGAGACACAGGUGGAACACCAAUGAGGAAAUCGCAGCUUACUUGAUAACGUUUGAAAAGCAUGAGGAAUGGCUAACGACGUCCCCUAAAACAAGGCCACAGAAUGGUUCAAUGAUCUUGUACAACAGGAAGAAGGUGAAGUACAGAAAGGACGGCUACUGCUGGAAGAAGAGGAAAGAUGGGAAGACCACGCGGGAGGAUCACAUGAAGCUCAAAGUCCAGGGAGUGGAGUGUCUGUAUGGCUGUUACGUCCACUCCUCCAUCAUCCCCACGUUCCACCGCAGGUGCUACUGGCUGCUCCAGAACCCUGACAUCGUGCUCGUCCACUACUUGAAUGUGCCGGCCAUAGAGGACUGUGGGAAACCAUGCGGGCCAAUCCUGUGCUCCAUCAACACAGACAAGAAGGAAUGGGCCAAGUGGACCAAGGAGGAGCUGAUUGGCCAGCUCAAGCCCAUGUUUCAUGGCAUCAAGUGGACUUGUAGCAACGGGAACAGCAGCUCUGGCUUCUCAGUGGAGCAGCUGGUGCAGCAGAUUCUGGACAGCCACCAAACCAAGCCACCUCCCCGGACCCACAACUGCCUCUGCACGGGCACCCUGGGUGCAGGGAGCAGCGUGCAUCACAAGUGCAACAGCGCCAAACACCGCAUCAUCUCCCCCAAGGUGGACCCCCGUGGAGGCUACAGCAGUGGUCACUCUGAGGUCCAGAACAACGACGUGUCUGAGGGCAAGACCGAGCACAGCAGCCAUGGAGGAGGGAAGAGCUCAGGGGGAGGAGGGGGUAGCACCAGAGAGAAACGCAACGGCAAGGUCCACAAGCCUGUUCUACUGCACCAGAACAGCACAGAGGUGUCCUCUACCAACCAGGUGGAGGUCCCAGACACCACCCAGAACUCCCCUGUGUCCAUCAGCAGCGGCCUGAACAGCGACCCAGACAUGGCUGACAGUCCCGUGGUGACGGGCUUGGGCCACGUAGCCGCCGUCAUGUCCCAAAGUGUCUUCAUGUCCGAGGUGACCGGAGACCCCGUCUACAGCAUGUCCCCCACAGGGGGCCCCAACACCCACCUCAUGGGCCCAGACACUGCCUCCCAGGGCCUGGUGCUGUCCGGUGUUGUGGCAGACAGCCACAAGUUUGCCUUCCCCAGCGGAGGAGUUAGGGAGGUUCCCGGGGUGGCGGGGGGAGCAGACGGUCUGUCCAUGCUGUCUGCAGCCGGGGUGUCUGAAGAGCUGGUCCUAUCCAGCAGUCUGGAUAACGGAGGCAUGAAGAUACCUGAGACCACCAUGAACUUCGACCCUGACUGCUUUCUCAACAACCCCAAGCAGGGCCAAACCUAUGGGGGCAGCAGACUGAAGGGGGACGGCAGCUCCUCUUCCUCCUCCUCUUCCUCCAACGGCACCAAUGGCAGCAUGCAGCGCUCUCCCUCCAUGUCAGACUCUGGAUACAGCUUCAACUCUGCUCUGGUGAAGAACAUCAAGACGGAGGACAUGUCCUUUGAGCAGCAGCUGGCCACCGAGCAGGGAUACCAGGUGGGGGUGGUGGUGAGCUGUGGAGGUGUGUCUUGUUCCUCUGGGGCAGGUUCAGCACAGGGCUCCCUCGGCCUGACCCCUGCAGGCUCUCUGCUGCCCUCUGGAGGAGGCCUGAGCCCCAGCACCACCCUGGAGCAGAUGGACUUCAGUGCCAUCGAUGCCAAGCAGGACUACUCGUCCGGGGCUGGGACAGUGAGCUAUGGCCAGGCUAUGAACAGCCCUCAUCUCUCCCACCAGAGCCACUCACCCAGCUUCUUCCUCCAGGACACCCAGCAGUCCGGCCAGGCCCAGCAGGGCAGGUCCUCCAUGGGCCAGAAGACUCACUUGAUGGAGCACAACUCCCACGACUCCACAGCCUACAUGAGCCUGCAGGUGGUCAAGACGGACUCCCCUGGCAGCAACGGCCAUCUCCACCACCACCACCAAAGCCACCAGGGCCAGCAUAGGGCCAACUGCAACGGGGGCUCCCCCACCGAGGGGCCAGGGCAGGGGCCUGGGUCUCUCCAGCUCCUGCAGUACCCGGGUGGCUUCCCUGGGUUGGGGCCAGAGCAUGAGGAGGUGGUGGGUCUGGAGCAGCCAGGCAGCGUGAGCUCAGGCCAGGCCGGGGGAACAGAGAACGGAGAGGGUCUACUGAAGCCUGGAGAUCACCUCCAGGCCUGUGGAGGAGGCAACCAAGAGGGAGGAGGUGCAGAGCACUACCUGCAGCAGACCAACAACGGAGGAGGAAGUCAGGGAGGUGGAGGGAAAGGAGUGGCCAUGCACAACGGAAAUGGGGUCAACAAUGACGGCAGCAACCGCUCCCAGCAACAGCAGCAGCUGCAGCCCCUCCUCCAGGGGGCUGGGAUGGUCCAGGGCCUCUACAACACCGUGGGGCCCCACCAGGGCCUGGGCGGAGCGGGCUCUAACGGUGGAGCAGGUGGGGGAGGCAUGGAGAUCAGCCUGGACCACUUCGACAUCUCCUUCGGGAACCAGUUCUCUGACCUUAUCAAUGACUUCAUCUCUGUGGACGGUAGUGGAGCCAACAUGACGGCCGGAGGAGCACUCUACACCCACCAGCUGGUGGGCAACCACCGCUCAGAUGGCCAGGCCACACCUAGCGGAGCUCCUCAGCAGGACCAGGAGGACGGAGGGGUAGGAGGGGCCCGGGGGGCAGGAUACAGCCCCUCAGAGCUUUGUCUCCAGCCCUGCUGCAGCCCCCAGUCCCUUGGUGGAGGGGCCGGGGGUGCAGGGGUGGAGCCAGGCUCCCUGGCCUACAUGCACGUGGCGGAGGUUGUGUCUGCAGCAGUGGCCCAGGGGGCUCUGGGCAUGCUGCAGGCCACUGGAAGACUCUUCAUCGUCACUGACUACUCCCCUGAGUGGUCCUACCCUGAGGGAGGAGUGAAGGUGCUCAUCACUGGUCCAUGGCAGGAGGCCAGCUCUAACUACAACUGCCUGUUUGACCAGGUCGCUGUCCCUGCCUCUCUCAUCCAGCCGGGGGUGCUGCGCUGCUACUGCCCAGCUCAUGACACUGGGCUGGUGACGCUGCAGGUGACAGCCAGUAACCAGAUCAUCUCUAACUCAGUGGUGUUUGAGUAUAAGGCCCGCGCCCUGCCCUCACUGCCUUCCUCACAACACGACUGGCUCUCACUGGACGAUAACCAGUUCAGAAUGUCCAUCCUGGAGCGCCUGGAGCAGAUGGAGAGACGGAUGGCAGAGAUGGCCUCCCAUCACCAGCAGGGCAGCGGAGGAAGUGCAGGAGCAGGAGGAGGAGCAGGAGGUGGAGGAGGAGGAGGUAGUGGUGGUAACAACAGCCAGACACAGUGUGUGUCAGGGCAGGGUCAGGCGGGCAGCAGCUUUGAGAGCCGUGUGGUGGUGGUGUGUGAGAAGAUGAUGAACCGGGCCUGCUGGGCCAAGUCCAAACACCUGAUCCACUCCAAGACCUUCAGGGGCAUGACCCUGCUUCACCUGGCCGCUGGGCAGGGCUACGCCACCCUCAUCCAGACACUCAUCAAGUGGCGCACCAAGCAUGCAGACAGCAUUGACCUGGAGCUGGAGGUGGACCCACUCAAUGUGGACCACUUCUCCUGCACCCCUCUGAUGUGGGCGUGUGCCCUGGGUCACCUGGAAGCGGCAGUGGUCCUGUAUAAGUGGGACCGACGGGCCCUGGCCAUCCCUGACUCUCUGGGACGCCUGCCCCUGUCCAUCGCCCGCUCCCGCGGCCACACCAAGCUGGCCGAGUGUCUGGAGCAGCUGCAGAGAGAGGAACAGCAGCCCCCUGCACCUCUGCCCCCCACCACGCGCAUGUCCUUCUCCCCCACCCCCCACGAUGCUCCCACCUCAGACAGCUGGAUGGUCACAUGGGCCAGCGACGGCGUGAUGGCGCCCGGCGGAAAGAAAGGCGGCACCGCCACAACCACCACUACCUCCACCACCUCCACCAACCUCAACCCAGACUUGAGAAGGCCGAGAUCCGAGCCCUCCAACUACUACAGCAGUGAGUGCCAGCGAGACCUUCCCUUGGCCAAGAAACACAAGCCCAACCCGGAGCUGUUCCAGGCCAGACCCGACAAGGCCAUGUCUGUCCCGCUGAGCCUGGAGCAACAGCAGCUCCACAAGCUGUCCUUCAGCACCAAGAGCCCGUCCCCUGAGGGCCUCAGCCCAGACAAAAGGCUCUCGUGUGGGGGAAGCUCUGGAGGAGCAGGUGUAGCCAAGUGGAGCUCUAGAGAGGGUUUCUCCAGCAGGGGCUUAGGCAGAAAGGGUUCAGGGGACUCUGGGGGCAGCAGCCUGGGGAAGGAGAAGCUGGCUAGCAGGCUGAGACAGAGGGAACAGCUGGGGAACAUGCUGGUGAUGGCUGAGAGAGAGAUGGUGGACACUGAGCUGUUUUCCUACAGAGAACACCUGGAGAACCAGGACUGUAUGACGCAGAUGGACGACCUGCAGGACAACAUGAUGACUCUGGCAGAGCAUAUCAUUGAGGCGACCCCAGAGAGAAUCAAGAGGGAGGACUUUGUGGCCCUGGAUGGAGUGCCCCUGGACAGUGCUGGGGUCAGCAACACCAUGAGCUGGUUGGCCAGUUACCUCGGAGACGUGGAGCAGCUUCCUAGCAUCAUACAGCUACGAUCUCUGUACAGUGAUCCUCUGACUCCAUCCUCCAGCCCCAGCCCAGGGGGGUCUCCCCUGAGGGAGGGGUCCAUGGAGAGGCCCACCCUGCCCUCCCCGGCCGACUGGAGCGAGUUCCUCCAGGCCUCUAACAACAAGGUGGAAAGAGACUUGGCCCAGCUCACCCUGUCCGACCCCGAGCAGAGGGAGCUGUACGAGGCCGCCCGUCUCGUCCAAACUGCCUUCCGCAAGUACAAGGGACGCCCAUUCAGAGAGCAACAGGAAGUAGCUGCGGCAGUCAUUCAGCGUUGUUACAAGAAAUACAAACAGCUAACAUGGAUAGCCUUGAAGUAUGCACUUUAUAAGAAGAUGACGCAGGCCGCCAUUCUUAUCCAGAGUAAGUUCCGCAGCUACCAGGAGCAGAAGAAGUUUCAGCAAAGCAGGCGGGCGGCCGUGCUGAUCCAGCAGUACUACCGCGGCUACAAGGAGUUUGGCAGGCUCAGGCUCCACCGGCAAGGAGCCGCAGCUGCCCUGGUGCAACACAAACUCAGAAGUAGUCUGCUCUCUAAGAGGCAGGAUCAGGCUGCCAGAAAGAUCAUGAGGUUUCUACGCCGCUGCCGCCACAGCCCCUUGAUGGACCAUAGACUGUUCAAGCGGAGUGAACGAAUUGAAAAGGGCCAAGGAACAUGAAAACCUUCAGAAGAGCCCCCUCACAAUGUGACAUCACUCUCCUCCUGACUCUUCCUGUUUUCUUUGUCCCUUUAUACCCAAAACAUUUUUCAAGAGAAGAAGAAAAAAAAACAGUUCAGUGAAAACACUGCGAUUAUUAUUACUACUGCGACAGCGUGGCUGACUCUACUUCUACUUCUAACAACAGCAUUUUUCACCUUUAUCUUUUCCCUCUGACGUUGUUUAUGUUGGAGAGUGUAGAAUUAGAAACUAAGGGGAAGAAGCUGUGGGGGGCAGAACAUUUGCUUCAUGGCAUUUUUUGCACUUUUUCAUGGAUUGUUUUGUCUUUUUGGGAGUAUCGGAGUCUAGGUUUAAGACGGUAAAGGAAGAGGAAUGCUGGACAUGUCUGAAAAGGUCCCUGUGGAUCAAAGGAAGAGGACAAGAUGCCAAGGAUGGAGGCAGAUGCCGGCCAGAACAGAAGGAAACAUGACAGAAGCAGAAACACAUUUGGGACUUGGCUGUAAUUGUAUUUCAUAUUUUUUUAAGUGACUGAUUAUUCCAUUUGAAGAAGAAAAAAAUGUAACUUAAUGAACCAAAAAAUCUCGGUAAUACAUUGAUCCAUUUGCACACAUACACUCCCUGUCGACAGUGAGAUGAAUACAUUCAGAAUGGUAACUAGUAUGGUCAAUAGAUCAAAAUGACCCUUCCUGUUACGCUGUGCUCUACCCCGCCAGUCAGUCCAAAGGGGUGGGGUUACAUAUGAAUGUAGGAGGGGUGUGAGCAGAAAUGGGUGGGGCUUAUUAAAACAAUGGCUUUUUUUGUUAUCUAGGUUUGGAGGGGUUAUGUACUGUAAGGCAAGGGAUAGGGCGAUUCAAUGGAAUUACAAUUCUUCUUCUUAUUUUUGAUAUUAUUAUUUUAUUCUCUUUUCUAUUCCUCUUUGCUUGAAUCUGUUUUGUGCUCAUGCCCAUGACCGAUUUACAACUGACUUGUCUCUUCAAAACUCUGUGUUGUCGAUUUGAUCAAAUAUGCAUGCCUAUGGGUGAAAGUCUUCACCUGUGUGCUGGAAGUUAUAGGUCUGUAUUCUCUGAAUUUCAAUGUUUUGCUUUUGUCUUCAUGUUCAAAUGCAACUGAGUGGCCCAUGUACCAACCUAUUCUCCCAAGAGUCAUACCCUCUAGUUCCUGAGGUUAUACCUACAUCCUCAUCUUCCUUUUUCUGUUGCCUUAUUUCAUUUGUUUCCUCAGUAUUCUAAAAAGAAAAGAAAACUUGCCUCUUUUGUGUUGUAAUGAUUACAGUCAUGAAGGUUAUUGUUGUUCUUUUUAAAUGAACUUCAGGGCCUGUGAGGGCUUUUGAGGGGAAGAUCACAUACAUUUUAAAUGAACUUCAGGGCCUGUGAGGGCUUUUGAGGGGAAGAUCACAUACAUUUUAAAUGAACUUCAGGGCCUGUGAGGGCUUUUGAGGGGAAGAUCACAUACAUUGCCUUGACGUCUUAGAGAUUCUUUGAGGGGUCCCUAAGCUAGUCCCAAAAAAGGGGUUAGACAAAUCCAUAUUUUUGACAAUUGAGCAGUUUCUGUAUAUAAGGAAGGCUGAAGGUAGGGAAAAACAUUUACCCAAAGGGGAUUGUAUUUUAGAAAUAUAUUAUUUUAUUCAUUAAAAAGGGGUCAAAAACAGGUACGAGACAAAAACAGAAUAUUUGUAUAGUUUUGUUUGAAUGCCUAAGAAGUAUGGUUGUAUUGUUUGUAUAUAGUGUAAAUACCUGGGACAAAAAUUAGCUAUGUGCAUGAAAAACAUGAACAAAGGUUAAAAAAACUCAACAAAAGCAGUAGUGGCUAUGCUCUGUAAAAUUAUUAAAAGUAUUUCACUAUAAGAGUAUUUUAUUUUAUUUUGAUUGUUCUUGGGAUAAACAUUUUGCGAAAGCAUGACAUUAUUGCAAAUGCUAAAAACUUUUAAAAAAGAUAACGUAUUUAGAGUUAGGAGAAAUCUGCAAAAUGAUCUUAAGACAAGUAUGUUUAUGUUUACAUUUUUGUUUUGGGCUACCAAGAAUCUUUUGCCAAUGGUGCCAAGUAAUGUGAAUGCUAUAUUGCUUAACAAGAGAAUGAAGUUAAUCUUAGCAGAACAGAUAAUCAUACAAUGAAAUAGACACUAGCAUUAAAGACCACAAGGUCCCAUCCCAACUGGCAGAGGAUCACAGAUAGAGGUACACAUUGUAGAGGGAGAAAUAUUUCUACAGCAACUUUUAAGUCUCUCAUUUCUCUUCUGUUAUCACACGUCAGAACAACCCAAGCUUUUUGCCAUCAUCACCAAAUACACAGGGAUCACUGGUCAGUAACAUUUUAAGUACUGUAUGAGAAAGAGGGAUUGCGUUGUUAGUGUGCAUGUUUGUAUGGAUUGUGUUCAUAUAAGGAUUGUAAAUGGCAGCCUUGUCCAUGUGAAUCUCAGCCCUGUUGUUUUUAUUUUUAUAACUGAGGUUGAUUUAAUAUUUGUUUAAUAGGUAGCCUAGUGGUUAGUUCGUUGGGCCAGUAACCGAAAGGUUGCUAGAUGGAAUCCCCGAGCUGACAAGGUAAAUAUCUGUCGUUCUGCCCCUGAAUUUGUUCUUAACUGACACGCCUAGUUAAAUAAAGGUUAAAUAAAUUAAAUAUAUAUAUUAAACCAUAAUUUAUUUAAUUGGACAACACACAGGUGAAGAAAUCAUAGAGCUUUGAUUAUUAAAUCAUAAUUUGUUUAAUAGGACAACGCACAGGUGAUGACAUCAUUGAGCCUUGAUUAUUAAAUCAUUGAGCCUUGAUUAUAAAAUCAUUGAGCUUUGGACCGAGUUUGGGAAACCCUGAAAUAGACUAGAUCAACGUAUCAAACUGCUGACACAAGACAAUACUUUUUUCUAAGUGUGGGCUGGAGGCUUAACUUGACUAAGGCUGUCAGGGUCUGGACAGACCAGAAUUAUUCUUUGUCAGAAUGUAAUGUGGCCACAGUGAACGAGGUACAUGUGUAGCGUCUCUCGGCUGGUAUUCUUUGUAAAAGUAAAUUGGUAAUUUACUUACAGGAGGAACACUUGUUUAAACAAUCUAAGGUGCUAAAAAUAACACAAUUAAACAGUGAUGUAUAGAUUAUAGUGAAACAUAUGACCAAUUAUGGAUCAGCACAGCCAAGUCAAUGAGCAAAAGUGAGGGAUCUAUAAACCUGUAAAUGUUACAAGAUGCACCAGAGGACCGUGUUUGAAAGAUUAUGAAAUGAAAUGUGAGUGGUGGGAACAGAAACAUUGAUACCAGUUGAUUUGAUCUGUGAGUCCAUGAUAUAUACUAUACAAUAGUCUGCUGGUUUCUGCAGUUCUGCUGAAAUAUAUUAUAUUCAUAUCAAAACAACCAGGUGGCAUUCAAGUGAUGACGUUCAUUAUUCAAACAAGGUGCCAUUGGACAAUUAUGUUUUGUUUUAACUUGCUGAAUUUCGUCUCAGACCCUGUUAUCUGUUCUGUUUUUAAUGAUUAUAUACUGCUGGGUUUAUUUCUCUGUAUGGUUGUGUUUAUUUCACAGAGACUUGCUAUGUAAACCUAUUUUCAGAGUGUUUAUGUAGAAAGUGCCUAAUCAUAUCCCGAUUGAUCGCACAAAGCCAAUGUCAGGAAGCAUGCGAUGUACUGUACCUAAAGGAGAAAAACAUGGCUUUGGAGAGAAAAAGAUCACCUGAAUCCAUCAUUCUUUAGGACUACUGUAUAUCAAGUAUCAUACCAUAUAUCAAUCCAAAAACCAUCACUAAAUUCAGUCCGGUGACAGUCUUCCCUUAACCAACUCAGUAUCCCCACGCAAUGCGUUCCGUCUUGUCAACAUUCUCAGCCUUUUCAUUUUCUAUUGGAACUGCCUGUUGAAACCAUGAGAAUUCCAUUCCAUAACUUUUGUGGUUUUAUUGCCUUGCAUUCAUCAUUCAGAUAGUGGUAAGAAUGCCAGCUAAUGCACUGCUGUGGCAAUACGGGAAGGUUUUAUUAUGCUUGCAUGGGUAAAAUAGUUAACUGGGUGACUGAACUGCACCCAAAGCAUGCUUAUUUUUCUAAAAUCGGUAGUCAGAUAGACUUGUAAAAGACUUACUGUUCUGUAAAGCGAAGAACGUUUGUAUGACGUGUCACAGAACUCUGAAAGAUGGAGGGUUGAUUGGAAGGCAGAGAAGAAUCCUAAAAAUACAAACUAUGAUCAAUCUGCAGUAUUUACUGACCAUGUUUCUUGGGGUAGCAUGAGGGCAAGUUUUUCUAGAAGCAAGUUUUUUUAAAUUCAUUUAUUCAUUUUUAUUAAUUUGGAUCUAAAAAUAGUGUGCUCCCAAACCAACAGUAUACCGCAAGUAUUUUACGAGGCAACACAGACACACACAAACACGCAGGCGACAGUACAUUGCACUGCACACAUCCAGAUAUGUCAGGGCAUAGUCAGUCUCACUUGUACACAGUUCAGCAGAGAGAGCUCAUCAUGUGUUAUUUUCCUAGCCUGCUCCUAGUCCUAGAGAACCGCUCACCUCCCUUCUGUAUUUUACUCAGGGUGCCAAAAUGGGGAGGAGGAAGUGGAGCAGGACAUUGAUGGUGAUUCAGUGUAGAGAGAGGACACACUAUUGAAAUAGGAUACAGAGCUUUCUGGAUAAAACAGGCAAAUUACUACUGAUCCUGGAUGCAUUAUUGGCAUCCAUUUCCUCUCAAGUAAGUAAGGUGAGCUGAAGAGAGACGUAAUGGCACGAUAACAGAACUAGGGGAUACAAGUAAUUGUAGUAUAGAUAAUUAUAAUUAGGACAACCUCAUCACAAUUGACCAUAUGGUCAAUUGUUUCUGUCUUGGCUACAGCUCUGACAAAUUAAUUUGUAGGCAUUAUGGGACACUAGGGCUUAAAGUCUUACGUAAAUGCUUACCUUUCUUUUAUAGACUAUGCUUAUGAGUCUAGUAACACUUUAACCUUUGACCUCCUCUGGCUUGAUGGUUCUCAUUAAAACAAGGACUUGCUGUGUGAAUCUAUGGUUAUGUCAUAACAUCACACACAGCUUCAAAUAGUCUAUAAAGCUAUUCUCAGUUAUACAACAUUUCAUCUCAGUUAAGAUAUGGAUGAUGACAUGAUGUAACAUCUGAAUGAGGUCUUCCUGAGACGUACGUUGGGGUAGUUGAAGAUGAGGUCUUCCUGAGACUUACGUUGGGGUAGUUGAAGAUGAGGUCUUCCUGAGACGUACGUUGGGGUAGUUGAAGAUGAGGUCUUCCUGAGACAUACGUUGGGGUAGUUGAAGAUGAGGUCUUCCUGAGACGUACGUUGGGGUAGUUGAAGAUGAGGUCUUCCUGAGACGUACGUUGGGGUAGUUGAAGAUGAGGUCUUCCUGAGACGUACGUUGGGGUACUUGAAGAUGACCAGAUCUUUUGGGACGGUUUCAAAAAAAGCCCUUCAGGUAUGGCCAUCUUCUGGAUGGUAUGACAGGUUAGCUAUAACAGGCACUUCAUAUGGAUUUUAUUACCUUCAUUAUACUCUGCUAAUUGACCUGAGGGACUGGACGGUAUCUCCUCCUCUUCCUUUGUCAAUGCACUCACACUACUGAAAGGUAGGCACAUCAAGACAACAGAGCAGAAACCAUCUCACAACCUUUUCCACUUGUGGACACAGAGCAAUAAGCAUUCUUUUGUGGAGACCUAUAGACCUAGUGAAGAUAAAAAUGAUUGGACACAUGUAGUCGACGUACUCUUAUGCAAAUGCCAGUAUUGCAAGACAAGCAUUCAGUAGUUUAUGGACAGCAAUUGUAUGGCACCCUUUACCGAACUGCACGUUUUCAUCAAUUCCAAACCAAGAAGAAAAAAAUGGCCCUGCUUUAAUACAAAGUCGUGGGUCCUUGACACUUUGCAUGUGAACUAGUGUUAGAGCUAUUUUCCUCUCCUCUAUAACUGUCUUCCUCUCGGUCUUUCCCUGUUAUGUGACCCUCUCUUUCUUUCCUUCCCCUAUUAUUUCACCCACUCCUUAUUUUCGUUUCUCCUAUUGUGUUUUGCUUUCUCUACUUUUUCUUCCCCCUCUUCCUUGUUUGUGAGUUUUAUUUUUGUAAUUGUGCAUGUACAAGCGUCACUGACUCGAUGGAUAUGUUUAAAAAAAAAAGCUGCUGAAGCCAUGCAAAACGUUUUGAAAUGCCCUUAAAAUAUGGAAGAUGUUUUCUGAAUGCUUUAUAUUCUUUCUGCUGUAAAAUAAUUAAAAAAAAUAAAAAAUGAAGAAAACUCUAACAAA